AUGUCUUCUAGGGGAGGCCUUCGGGCGUGUCGAGUGACUGUAAAGGUGGUGGCCAUAAAGGACGUGGGGUCGCUGAGUAACCCUGUGGUUCAAGUCGCCGUGGAAGACAGCUAUUUUCGAACUUCAGACGUGCACGAGAAGACAGACGACGGUUUGAUCACAUUCGACCAAGGCCACUCGUUCGACGUCAAGGAUGAAAAAUCGGCGGAGGUGCGCGUGGCGGUGGCGGGGAAGACGGCCAUGGGCAUGCGCAAGGUGCUGGGGUCGAUCAAGCCGCUGCGCGUGUGUGACCUGCUCGAAACUGACCCCGACCGCACACUGGAGCCCGAGUGGUACGAGAUCGUGGCCAAGGAGGGGAAGAAAUCGUCUGUAGGGAAGGUGCUGCUGCACGUGGUGGCAGCGCGGGCGCCGCCACAGCAGCCCAUCAAGCUGUUUAUCGGGUCGUGGAACGUGGGCAAUGCACCCCCGCCUGACGACUUCUCUCCCUGGCUCCCCAAGGGCACAGAUCACGAGCUCAUUGCCAUUGGCUCGCAGGAGUGCGAGUAUCAGCCUCGUCCUGGCUAUGCCACCUGCAUGGAAGACUGGGUCGCUGCUAUAAAAGCACACUUCGCUCCGCACUACAAGAUGGUGAAGGGCACCACACGUGGCCAGAUGCGACUCGUGGUGCUGGUGCUGGAAACCUCACAGAAAGCCAUCACUGAUGUUACAGCCACAAGCGAGGCUACUGGUAUCGGCCAUGUGAUUGCCAACAAGGGUGCUGUCAGCGUCUCGCUCAAGUUCUGGGACACGUCCUUCUGCUUCGUCAACUCACACCUGGCAGCACAUGAGGGGCACUGCAUGACUCGCAACGACAACUACCGGGAGGUCAUGCGCAACAUGCACCCCGGCCUCUCCAGCAUCGACCUCCUCUCGCAAUUCCACCAUGUCUUCUGGAUGGGCGACCUCAACUACCGCCUCGACUUCCCAGAAACUUCCCUCCCGGGCCUAGGAGGGGCGGGGGACGGCGACGACGACAGCUCCGGGGACGAGGACGGCAGCAACGGCAACGGGCUCGGGAAUGGGAACGGGGACGGGGGUGCGGCGGUUGCCAGCAGCGGGAGUGGGAGUGGGGGCAAGAGCGGGAGAGCAGCGAUGAUGCAAAGGGCGAUAACGAUGAGUGGGAGCGGCGGGUCGUCACGGAGCGCCGGGUCGAGGAAGCUGAAUGAGUCGGAUAGGAAACUGAUGUCCAUGGGGAGCAGCAAGGAUAAGAAGGAGGCAGUGAAAGCAGUUCGCAUGGCACUGCAUUGCAGCAUUCUCGAGAAGAUAGAUCAAGGCAACUUUGCGGACCUGCUCCAACACGACGAGCUGCAACGGGAGAUCAGGGAAGGCCGGUCGUUCUACAAGUUCUGCGAAGCGCCCAUCGCAUUUGCUCCCACAUUCAAGGUGCUAAGGGACGAGCUACAGCAGUACAACCCCAAGCGCCUGCCUGCAUGGUGCGACCGGGUGCUCUGGCGGUCGCUGCCUGGCUGCAAACUCACCUGCACCAGAUACACCUCCGCGCCCACCAUUCUCACUGGCGAUCACAAACCCGUGCUGGCAGAGUUUGACGUCACCACAUACGCCCUCCCAGUGACCAUGGAUCCCUCAGAGGAUGCCGUGCAGCUGCUGCAGCUGAGCAAGGGGCACAGCGAUAAGGACGACAUGCGCUGGCACCUGCAUAUAUUGGAACUGAGGGGGCACAACCUGCUCCCAGCAGACGCCAACGGCUUGUCUGACCCCUACAUCCGUUUUGUAGGCCCCAACCUCUUCAAGUCUUUCCAGACCAAGAAGUGCUACAAGACACUCAACCCUGUGUGGGGCGCUGAUGAUGUACCUGCUAUAGUGUUGGAGCACCAGUCACUGCAUUACUACGAGAAGGACUAUCUACUAGCAGCUGUGUUCGAUUAUGAUAAGACAAACAAAGACGACCCUAUAGGAUACGCUGCAAUCCCAUUGGCUGAUCUUGUGAAGGCCACGUGGGAGCAGUCCUCUCAGCCAGUCAGCUUCCGGGUAGAGGUGACCUAUAAGGGCCUGCCAGCUGGCGAGCUGGAGGGCAGCUUCCGUCUUUUCUGGGCGGUGAACAAGCUCAGCGAGGGCAAGUGUGCGCAGAUGUAA